CUGUUGUAGACUAGUAUUUAAAAACCUUCGAGGUUUUUCUUCUUCCUUCGUCUUCAACAUUUCUUUCUGCUACUCCCUUCAGUUCUUCCUCCCUUUUCUCACAACCAAACCCUAAUUUCCCAAUUCUCUCACAAAACCGUAAUUUUUUUCAUCGAAACCACUCUCGCUCUGUUAUUCGCCUUUCGAAAUUCGACCCCAAAACCUCUAGGGUUUUUAGGACCCGUGCCAAUUCCCUUCUCAAUUGAGGGAUAAUUCGGAUUCGUAUUGGAUUAGGGUUUUUGAGACCUUGAACUGAGCUUCAAAUCGGACCCGAAUAUGAGCGGUCAGAAGAAGAAGAACUUUCAGAUAGAGGCGUUCAAGCACCGGGUCAUGGUGGAUCCGAAAUAUGCAGAGAAAACUUGGAAGAUUCUGGAGCAUGCGAUUCAAGAGAUUUACAAUCACAAUGCUAGCGGACUCAGCUUCGAGGAGCUUUAUAGGAAUGCUUACAAUAUGGUGCUGCACAAAUUUGGAGAGAAACUCUACUCUGGACUUGUGACAACUAUGACUUCUCAUCUAAGUGAUAUAUCUAAAUCGAUUGAAGCUGCUCAGGGAGAGUUAUUUUUAGAAGAGCUGAACAGAAAAUGGUUAGAUCAUAACAAGGCAUUGCAAAUGAUUCGAGAUAUAUUGAUGUAUAUGGAUAGAACUUUCAUCCCAAGCACCCAAAAAACCCCAGUUCAUGAGCUUGGGUUGAAUUUGUGGAGAGAUGUUGUUAUCCACUCCAGCAAAACCCAAAUUAGGCUUCAGGACACACUUCUUGAGCUUGUUCAUAGAGAAAGGAAUGGUGAAGUCAUAAAUAGGGGUUUGAUGAGGAGUAUUAUAAAGAUGCUAAUGGAUUUAGGUUCGUCUGUAUACCAAGAUGACUUUGAGCAGCAUUUUCUUGAAGUUUCAGCUAAUUUUUACGGUCUUGAGUCUCAACAAUACAUUGAGUCUUGUGAUUGCGGAGAUUAUCUAAAGAAGGCUGAGAGACGUCUCAACGAAGAAAUGGAGAGAGUGUCCCAUUAUUUGGAUGCCAGAAGUUUAGAAAAGAUAACAAAUGUGGUUGAAAAGGAGAUGAUUGAAAAUCACAUGCAUAGACUAGUCCAUAUGGAGAACUCAGGAUUAGUUAAUAUGCUUGUGAAUGACAAAUAUGACGACUUGGGAAGGAAGUAUAACUUGUUCCGUAGGGUAGCCAAUGGUGGACUCUUAAUAGUAAGGGAUGUCAUGACUUCAUAUAUUCGGGAUACUGGUAAGCAGCUAGUUACUGAUCCAGAAAGGUUGAAGGAUCCUGUAGACUUUGUGCAACGUCUCCUGGAUUUAAAGGAUAAAUAUGACAAAAUCAUCAGUUUGGCAUUUAACAACGACAAGACAUUCCAAAAUGCUUUGAACUCCUCAUUUGAGUACUUCAUAAAUUUGAAUGCACGGUCACCAGAAUUCAUUUCUUUGUUUGUGGAUGACAAGCUCCGUAAAGGAUUGAAAGGUGUUAGUGAGGAGGACGUGGAGGUUGUACUGGACAAGGUUAUGAUGCUUUUCCGUUACCUUCAAGAGAAAGAUGUGUUUGAGAAGUAUUACAAACAACAUUUGGCGAAGAGGCUUCUUGCAGGGAAAACUGUCUCUGAUGACGCAGAAAGAAGUUUGAUUGUUAAGCUCAAAACUGAAUGUGGAUAUCAAUUUACAUCUAAACUGGAAGGUAUGUUCACUGAUAUGAAGACCUCUCAGGAUACAAUGCAGGGCUUCCAUGAAAGCCUUGGUGCUGAGUUAGGGGACAGCCCCUCGUUAACUGUCCAGGUCCUCACCACAGGUUCAUGGCCAACUCAACCAAGUGCUACAUGCAACCUUCCAGCAGAAAUACUGGGUGUAUGUGAGAAGUUUAGGAGUUAUUAUCUUGGGACCCACACUGGGCGUAGGCUCUCUUGGCAAACAAACAUGGGUACUGCUGAUUUGAAAGCAAUCUUUGGAAAGGGCCAGAAGCAUGAGCUGAAUGUUUCCACUUACCAAAUGUGUGUACUUAUGCUUUUCAACAAUGCUGACCGGUUGAGCUAUAAAGAAAUUGAGCAAGCCACAGAGAUACCUGCCUCAGACUUGAAGAGAUGCCUACAGUCUCUAGCCUGUGCCAGGGUGAAGAGUGUCUUGCGGAAGGAACCUAUUGGCAGGGACAUAGCUGAGGAUGAUGCUUUCUCCGUCAAUGACAAAUUCUCAAGCAAGCUUUACAAGGUAAGAAUAAGUACAGUGGCCGCACAACGGGAGUCCGAACCUGAAAAUCAGGAAACGCGGCAGAGAGUGGAGGAAGACAGGAAGCCUCAGAUCGAGGCAGCAAUUGUGAGAAUCAUGAAGUCAAGGCGGGUGCUAGAUCAUAAUAACAUUGUUGCUGAGGUCAUAAAGCAGCUGCAGUCACGGUUCUUGCCAAACCCCGUUGUUAUAAAAAAACGAAUCGAAUCCCUUAUUGAGCGGGAGUUCUUAGAGAGGGAUAAAAAUGAUAGGAAACUGUAUCGGUACCUUGCUUAAGAAACUGUAUUAUUGGCAAGGCCUGUGUGGUUGUAUCCUCAAUUUGGUGAGUUGGAAUAUUGUUCUUGAAUUAAUCCAGGCUUGGAUAAGUUUCAAUGAAUUUCAUUACAGUGCA